AUGUAUGAAGUGGUCGUGGUCCUGAGCGGGUUCGAGGUGUACAAGAGCGACUGUAGCUACGAGGUCUGCGACAUGGCCGUCGUAGCGUCUCUUGCAACGUGGGCGGACGCGAUCGCGCUUCCUGUCGCUGUUCUAGUGAUCAUCUGGUGUCGCACCGCGGCUGGAAAUUUGUGGUGCAAAGAGACAUGGUACUUCGUGUAUGCGACGUUCAAACGCUUCAUCUUUAGCCGCUGCUCUAGCAGUGUCACGAUCACGAUCAACGUCUUGUCCGUGAUCACCUUCGUCAACGGGGUCGGUCCCUGGUCACGCUUCCUCCGGUCUCUCGUGCAUGUCGAAUGCGAUGGAGGAUGUGCUACCAUCGCAGCUGGCGACUCACACGCCUUCAACGUGCUCCAGACAGAACUUGAUGGACACGCCAUCUGUCUGACAGCUUCUAUCUGGGAUCGCUUGGUGAUGAGACUAUCCUACUUUGCGACCGUUGCGACCCUUCUGACUAAUUUGACUCACCCGACAAUGGACACAGUCUACGAGAACAAGGGCGAAGUGGGGCAGUCCUCGAUGAUAGGAAACGCGUCCGAGACCUCCACUGCGAUCUUCCCCAGUGACACCGCGAUCCGCCCGGUGAACUUUCGCUCAAGCGGGGGCGGUCACGGGUCUUCUCAUUCCUCGGGAGACGAAGUCCAUUUAGGAAACGGUCACUCUGUUGGCCAUAGCACUAGUGGCAACACGGUAGCGACUUGCCGAAUUGCGCCUGGAGCUAUGGCUAUGCUUACCUUUGGCGCAGUCGUCGUGGCGAUUUUGUAA